AUUUCAAAUAAAAACACUAGCUGACGAAACUUUACGUCAAUACAAGUCAAUCGCCAUGAACUUGAAGGCUACUAUCAAAAGUUCGAUUUUUGCGAACUUUUUGUCGAUCUGAUUGUUGUCAGUCAUUAAACUGUGCAGGGGAAUUACGUUAACGAAGAUGAAUACUCCCGAUCUUCGAUCGCCCUUCGUGGAGCGUGUGAUAAGUUUACUUCCCAGAGGACAUGAAGAGGCCAUGAAACAGGCAUUUUACAAUGUUGCGGCAAUCUUCUUGUUCAUCAUGAUGGCCGGCGCAACUAUGGCGGUUUACUUCAUCUUGGAGCCAUUUGUUAAACCGCUAUUGUGGGCUAUGUUAGUUGGUUCAGUCUUGCAUCCUAUCAAACAGAAGUCAGCUGUCGCUACCUGCAACUGGUUAUCCCAAUUGCAGGAAGAAAAUACUCUUCUCAUUUUUGGGUUCCUUUCAGUUCCUUUGCAAGUUGUUAACAUGAGUGCUGAAUGGAUGGGAAACACUUUAAUCAACAAUUUGAAAUCAAUUCUAAUACUCACUGUCAGCUUCCCUUUAGUCCAUAUUUUUAAUCAGUACUAUUCGUUUUCUGACUUUGUCUAUGUGUAUGAGCAUGUGGCUACUGCUUUUCAGCAUAUAUCUGUCUCAACUGAAAGUCUUUUCCAACCAGUUGUAGCAACAUGUUUCUUUGGAUUAGUUGGAAUGUUUAUCACUGUAAUUGGACAUCAAAGACGUGACAUCUCUGUCAUGACAGGCUGGGUGCUAUUCUUCAUCUUUGUUUUGAUCUCUCUUGGCUCUUGGAGUAUUGUUGUAGUAGUUCCCUUAUUGUGUUUAAUCACCGUAGCUUUUGCCAUUCACUGGGGUUGGCUUGUUGAUGAAAUUCCUAAUACUUCCACCAGCAACAACAACCCUAGUAAACCCCUUGAAAAAGACGAAAUAGCCCUCAAUGUCAGCACUCCGAAACUGCAAAACAGUCUGACUCGCUUGAUGAAGAGUCACAUCAUCGCCUCUGCAAUAUCAUCUCUAACUACCCCCACAGCCGUAGAAGACGCAACACUAAAGGCAUCGUCUAGCAACCGUUACAUACUCCGAGCCUUGUGGGCAUGCCUCGCCGUUCAACUCUGGAGGCACAUGUGGUUACUCCAUUUCGUGCCAAUACCACUUGUGUAUUUCAUCGUCAAAGCGUGGGGCUCGUAUUUCAGUAUCUGGAGUUUCCUUGCAUUCCACAAAUCCAAACUCAUCGAUUACGUUUCACGAUGUUUCACCGAUCAUAAAGAUCAAGUUUUCCCUUUGCCACUUCAACGGAUCUACAAGGCGGUAGUUUACUUAGAUCGGAAACUGAUUGAACGACUAAUUCACCAACUUGACGCAGUCGUGACGGUUUUCUUAAUUUGCAUUGUCGUUAUACUCACCAUUCUCGCAUCUGUAUUUGCUGCUGUUCAGAUAUACGGCGAGAGCGUUCAUUUGUUACGAUUCGGAACGAGUCUGGCAAAUCAAACUCUGAAUAAUCCAGAUGCGCAACAGUGGCUUCCGCAAGGCAUCGAUAAGAUGAUCGAUCUGGGAUCUGUGGUUGAUAACGCUUACUCUUACGGGAAAACAGGAAUUGCUACACUGGUCAUGAACAGUAUCAACGAGAAGGAUCCUGCUCGGGCAGCACAAAUCGAAAAGAUAAUAUCCGAAGCGUUAGAUCGGGUGCAAAGGGCGUGGCUAACUCAAGGAGAAUCGACGCCAAUUACAAAAUUGUCUUCAGCUUCAAUCGAUAACAAUUUCCACUCAAAUGCAACCAAACCUCCAUUAUUUCGACGAUUAUCUCAAGAUUUUCUGAACGUAACAGUGCUAGUUAAUUAUGGAAGGGAAAACAUUGGUUCAAUAUUUUCGAUUCUCGAUUCAAUCUGGACUAUUCUUAAGGGCAAUUUAAGUCUUGUCUUUAAGUCUACCACUGCCAUUUUGUCAGUCUUGAUGGGCGGUGGAACUGCUAUUUUAAACUUCUUCGUUAACGGGGUAGUUUUCUUGACUGCACUCUACUAUUUAUUAGUUGCCAGUGACUCGCAAUAUAAACCUAUACAGAUGGUCAGUUUCUUGAGUCCUGGAGGAGGCAAUACACUAGGCACUGCAAUGGAAGAAGCUAUCACUACAGUUUGUAUGGCUUCCCUUAAACUGGCCGCUUUUUACGGUUUGUGGACAUGGCUGAUUCAUACCAUUUUUGGCGUAAAUUUUGUGGUUAUCCCAGUUGCUUUGGCUGCUCUUUUGGGAGCUGUGCCGUUCCUUGGCACCUACUGGGCUGCCCUUCCAGCCGCAUUGGAUCUUUGGCUGGCCCAAAGCCGUGGAGUUGAAGCCCUACUACUAAUCUUUUUCCAGUUUGCACCGACGUUACUAGUUGAUGCUUCCUUCUAUGCUGAAAUCAAGGGUGGCGGACAUCCUUAUCUAACAGGCUUAGCUGUAGCAGGUGGCAUAUUUUGGUUAGGUUUUGAGGGAGCAAUAAUAGGACCUCUCCUUCUCUGUGUCCUACUUGUUGCUGUCAGCAUGUACUCUUCUCUCGUUACAGAAAGUCAAGCCACUGCCGUCACCGGAAGUAACGCUCGGUGGUUCCACCGCCGUUUACUGAGGACAGACACCGUUGGUUAAUUUCUAAAAAGAAAAAAAAAAGUAUUUAAAUGGAAUGCAACUUUACACCCACCUUUGUUAGUCAUCAUCCGUCAAACCGUCAAUUUUGUUCGUGUAAAUUUCAAACAUAACGCAGAAAUUGGUCUUAGUUGUGGUAAAUUGUUACAUGAUGUGAUAAAAUAUAAUUCCGGACAAUA